UUCUCCAUUUCUUCCCCCUCUCUUCUUUUUUCCAUCACAGGUGCUCUCCGUUCUUACAAAGUAGUGGAAAGUGUGGUAGGUCACCCUGUCACACUGCCAUGUACUUACUCAACAAAUGAGGGAAUCACUACCGCAUGCUGGGGCCUUGGUGAAUGUCAAUCUGUUUAUUGUGCUAGAACGCUUAUCUGGACCAAUGGAUAUCAAGUCACCUAUAAGAGGAGCAGCCGAUACCAGCUAAAGGGGCAUAUUUCAGAAGGAAACGUGUCCUUGACAAUAGAGAAUGCUGUUCAGAGUGACAGUGGUCCAUAUUGUUGUAUAGUGGAGAUUCCUGGAUCUUUCCGUUAUGUGACCUAUUCCUUGGAAAUCAAACCAGAAAUGUCCACAAGUCCUCCAACAAGACCCACAACUACAGGAAGACCCACAACUACAGGAAGACCCACAACUACAGCAAGACCAACAACUUCAGGAAGAUCCACAACUGCAGGAAGACCCACAACUACAGAAAGACCCACAACUACAGCAACACCCACAACUGCAGGAAAACCCUCAACUACCAGAAGACCACAACUACAGCAAGACCCACAACUUCAGGAAGACCCACAACUGCAGGAAGACCCACAACUGGAGGAAGACCCACAACUUCAGGUAGACCUACAACUUCAGGAAGGCCCACCACAUCAGUAGACCCACAAGUGCAGGUAGACCAACAACUGCAAGAAGACACACAACUACGUUAAGACUCACACCUGCAGCAAGACCCAUGACUACAUUUACCACGGAAGACUCACCCUCCCCAUUCCCCCAAGAGCCAACCGACAUCCAGUAGUCAGCUGGAAGCAGCUUUUGAGAGAAACGAUGCCCCUAUUCCCAUCUACCUGGCUAUUUUUUUUAUAAUAAGCGAAAGUCUGGGAUGUAAGAAUUAUGUCCUUAAUUACGUCACUAGCCUGUGAUGAUUGUAUACCAGCCUAAAAAGGGGGCGUGCCCUCUGCUCUCUCCUUCUACACUCUCUCCUUCCAUAUUUCUCCCUCCAUGCGGUUUCUCUCUCUCUCUCUCUCUCUCUCUCUCUCUC